AAAAAUAAAUCUUAUAUCGAUAUUUUCUUCUAACAACAAUACUUAUUUAUUAAAAAUUUAUGCAUUAUUGCAAAUUAUAUAUUAAUGCACGUGCACAUAUCGUGUUAUAAUCGUGACCACUGAAUUGAUAACAAUUAAUAAUCGUGCAAAAAACAGAAAAAUUAGUUCAAAGUUCUCCAGUUAUUAAUUAUCAUGUCUUCGGAAUAUAAUUUUUAUGAUAAAGAACAUCCACGAAUUUUAAUUCCUGAAUUGUGUAAACAAUUUUACAAUCUAGGAUGGGUAACUGGUACUGGUGGAGGAAUAUCUAUUAAAUAUAGAGAAAAAAUUUAUAUUGCUCCAUCUGGGGUUCAAAAAGAACGCAUUUGUCCAGAUGAAUUAUUUGUACAAGAUAUUAGUGGAAAUGAUAUAGAAUUGCCAAUAAAGAAAAAUUUAAAAAAGUCACAAUGCACUCCAUUAUUUAUGUGCAUAUAUAGAUGGAGAAAUGCUGGAGCUGUAAUUCAUAGUCAUUCAAAAUUUGCUGUAAUGGUAACGUUACAUUGGCCUGGAGAAGAAUUUCGUGUUACCCAUUUAGAAAUGAUAAAAGGUAUAAGAAAUCAACAAUUAGAAAGAUCAUAUCGUUAUGAUGAAGAAUUAAUGAUACCAAUAAUAGAAAAUACUCCAUUUGAAGAAGAUUUAAUAUAUGAAUUGGAAAGAGUUAUUCUUACUUAUCCAGAAACUUGUGCUGUAUUAGUAAGAAGACAUGGUAUUUAUGUUUGGGGUGAUACAUGGCAACAAGCAAAAUCUAUGGCUGAAUGUUAUGAUUAUAUACUUGAUAUUGCCUUACAAAUGAAAUUAAGUGGAUUAGAUCCAGCUGCAGUGCCAAAAUAAAAAAAAGUAUAUCUAAAUGAAUUAAAUCCAACUAAAAUUCUAAAGAGAAAAUAAUAAAAUUAUCAAUUAAGAACAAUAUCUAUGUUCAUUGAUUAUUUUUAUAAAAUAAUAAAUUA